GCGCUCGCGCUCUAUCUCCGGCAGCUCGGGGGCUGGAGGGGGGAGGAGGAGGGGGCAGAGAGCGAGCGAGAGAGGGAAGGAAGGAAGGAAGGAAGGAGAGAGAGAGAGAGAGAGAGAGAGGGGGAGAGGGAGGAGAGAAAAGAGAAAAGAGAGAGAGCGUCGCGCGUGAUCCUGCUCGCCUCCACUCUGCACGGCCAGAGUCCCGCAGGCGGUACAGAUUCGGCCAAGGGCGGCACUGCUGCUAACGGUACCAACGGGGCAGGAACAAAAAAAUACUGCUAUACCAGAGCGGGUUCCGGCCGCAUUGGUCUCUUUACAAACCGGCAGUUUUAUUUAUGUGCAUUGCUCGGUCUUUUUCUGCCGUAUGUUUUUUUUUCAAACACUAUAUACAUAAAAAGACCGAUUUAGUGUAUUGGCACUGCUGAUUCGGAUUUGCCAGCUACCACCCUUUUCGGUGCAUUGUUGUUUCGUCGGGCUAUCCAGGUGUAAAGUCCAUACGUUAGCUACAUUCGAGUCCCAGGCUCCUGGGCUAUUAUGGAGAACAAAGCGGCCGCACGGGACAGCAGCGAUCGGGACCUGUACCGUCAGUUUCAGGACUGGUGUCUGAAGACCUACGGGGACUCGGGCAAAACCAAGACGGUCACCCGUAAGAAAUACGAUCGCAUCGUCCAGUUUCUGAGUGGGGUAGAACCCAGCUCUGCUGAUAACGCCAAAUUUAAAUUCUGGGUGAAAUCGAAAGGGUUCCAGCUGGGAUCGUCGGAGGAGCUGAAGGCUGGAGGUGGUAAACUGGUCCUUUACGUGCCAGUCAAAACAACGGAUGGAGUCAGUGCUACAGAGAAGCAGUCUUUAAAGCGGGUUGCAGUGGUUGAAGAUUUUUUUGAUAUUAUUUAUUCCAUGCACGUUGAGAUGGGAGUAAAUGGAGAAAAAUCCCGAAAACAUGCUGGUCAGAAACGAACUUAUAAAGCAAUUUCAGAGACCUAUGCCUUUUUGCCACGAGAAGCGGUAACCAGAUUUCUAAUGAGCUGCUCGGAAUGCCAGAAGAGAAUGCAUUUGAAUCCAGAUGGUGCAGAUCAUAAAGAAAAUGAAAAACCUGCUUCUUUGGUGACCGGUAUGAUAGACUACAAUAUGCCUAUAACAAUGGCCUACAUGAAACACAUGAAGCUGCAGUUACUGAGCUCUCAUCAAGAUGAGGAUGAACAAUCACUGAGCAGCGAGGAGUUUGAACUCAGUGACUCCACAUGGAUGUCAGUUGAACGCAUGAACUCUGACCAAAGCUCUAAUCUGGAAGAGAGGAUGCAUAGUCCACAGAACCUUGACAGUCAUCAGGAUGAAGAUUCAUCUGUGGAGUGUUUCAAUGGAAAUGAGAACUUGAUGCUUAAUUCUGGUGCCGCAGAGGCAGGUCACUGCGGGGAGAUGUAUGCAAGUAUGGGAGACAUUAAUGGUAACGGCACAGCCAAUUCAGACCACAUUGCUGGCCAGGAUGAGCAACCAAUAAACCUCAGUGAUAGUCCUCUUUCAGUCCAGAUAACACCAGACUAUGGCACAGAAAACAGCAGUAAUGGAAGAAGAAAUCGCAUGAAAUACACAGUUACUGACAUUAAAAUGGAACGAGAUUCAAGAGAUUUGGGAAGUAAGUCACCUGCACACAGCUAUUCUAGCUAUGAGUCUCUAAGAAAUGAAAGUGUAGGAGGUGGUCCUGAAGAUCUGACUGUGAGUAGAACUAUCGAAGAUGAUGAUGAUCAGGAUGAUCAUGAUGAUGCUGAGAAGAUAAUUGAUUCAGAUGGAGCAGAAUCAGAGCGCCUUAAAGCUUUUAAUAUGUUUGUGAGGCUGUUUGUAGAUGAAAACUUGGACCGAAUGGUCCCCAUUUCUAAGCAGCCCAAAGAAAAGAUCCAGGCAAUAAUUGAGUCAUGUAGCCGGCAAUUCCCUGAAUAUCAGGAGCGUGCCCGGAAGCGCAUACGUACUUACCUCAAGUCCUGCAGGCGGAUGAAAAAGAAUGGUUUUGAGACGUCACGUCCCAUCCCUUCACAUCUCACAUCUGCAGUUGCAGAGAAUAUCUUGGCCACAGCUUGUGAGAGCGAAAGCAAAAAUGCAGCGAAGAGAAUGCGUCUGGAUUUGCGUCAACAGCAACAGGAAGAGCCAGUUGCACUUGGAAAACAGUGGACAAGAGAAUCUGCUCAGGUCACUUAUACAGCCCCAACAGUUUCUUACUCACAGGAGUUAAUGUAUAUUAAUGGAAAUACAAGCUAUAAUUACCACAGUUAUGGAGGCCUGGGUGGUGGGAAGCAAAAUCCAUCUUCCUUACCAAGUGAUGGUACCAACAGUGGACCAGCAGAUCUCAGCGUGAAGAAGUCACUUGCAUCACACUCUGGGUCAUCCAACAUUAACAAUUCCAAAACCCCACCAGCUCAGCUGAGCCCAACUGAAAUAAAUGCAGUACGGCAACUUGUUGCAGGAUAUCGGGAGUCAGCAGCAUUUUUACUUCGUUCUGCAGAUGAGUUGGAAAAUCUAAUUUUACAACAGAAUUAAUUCCUGAUAAGCUACCAUCGUUGCUGUUGAUGUUUAUAUUUUCUGGGGCAAAUGCAUUUCCAUUACUCUACGGUACCAUCGAACAAUAACUAUCACAGUUUCCCAUCAUAUCCCUGAAUGUAAGACAUGUUGGAACACCUCUUGUCUUUUUGUGGAACAAUUGCCUUUUUAGCAUAAGGCUUCAAUCUGUUCUAUUUCAUAUUUUCUAACUGAAGUAACAAAAAAACCACAAAUAUUUAACCAUCUUCAAAUGACUGAAAGCCAAUUAAAAACAGCAGCAUCAAUAUUGUCUUAUGUUCCAAGUGCAAUAUGAUUUUAAAGGUGCUAAUAGUUUAUUUUGGACAAUGGCAAGAUGAAAAAAGUUUAAGAAGGUUUUAAAAUAAUCAUGUUGUAGUAGUUGUGGAGCAGAAGUUGGGAAUUUGGUGCUGGUUUUCAGGGUUGUGAUGACAGAUUUAUGGGGAGUUAUCUGAGCCAAUAUCAUUUAUCAUAUUGGUUUUAUACUCCAACUAUUAUCUAUUCCCCAUCUUACUCACAAGUCAGUCUGCCCCUAUGUUCAGGUAAAUUCAAUCCUGAAAACUAAUAUGGUGCCUGGAUAAAUGCAUCUGAACACGAAAUAGACAAGUUGUUUAUUGGACUAAUUUAAAUCUCAUGUUUGUUGGAGAAAAGAAUAAAAAAAACUAAGAGAUGUAUUUCACUGUAGGGUGUAUAUUUUGCAAGUAACAAUCUGAGAACUUUGUACAGUUUAAUUUUAGAGAAUUCUAUGAGAGGAUGUCUUCAGACACCAUUUACUGUGGGAUGUAUUUUGCUGUAGGUUGUAUAUUUUGCAAGUAACAAUGUGAAAUCUUUGUACAGUUCCAUUUUACAGAAUUCUAUGAAGAGGCCAGGAGACAUUUUUUGAUGUGAUGUGCAAAAUGUGCAGUUUACUGCAGUAUUUUGUUGUUCCCUGAAAUCUGUAUGACCGGAUGCAGUUCUCUCACAAUUACUGUGGGUGUACUUAAAUUCUGUCAAUUAUUUUAUAAAUUAUUACUUAUACACAAAUUGAUGUUAAUUUCUGUUGUUUAGGACCAUUUUAUCAGUAAUUCUUGAAAAAAUUGCUUUUCAUAUUAGAAUAUAAUUUAAAUUUUGUAUUUUGCUGUGCACUUAGUGAAGAGGUAUAGUGGGAAUCCCUGUAUAGUUUCUACACUUGUGAAUUCCUUAAUUUGUCUCAUUCAUGUUGAUUCUCAUUUAUGUUUUGAUAAUUGUGUUUAAUGAAUCAGUAACAUUGAGUAGAUGUUUUUCAAUUUGUUAACAACUCCUGACUGUGAUUGUGAACUGCGUUAUGUGCACUUUGUUC